CGAUUCAAAACAAACACAAAUUCUCGCGAAAAAUGCAUCAAAAAAUUGUUCCGAAAUCCAAAGAAAACUCGAAGAAAGUUCACUUCGAUUCCGCGAGAGUCGCCUUUCAGGUCGAAUACGACGUUCCCGACGACCACUCCCUGCGCCACAAAAUCCCGCUCUGGACGGAACACUGGAAGCGCUCCAAGACGUCUCUCGUCUACCACUUGGCGCGUCACGUGUCGUGCCAACAAUGGGCGCGCGUCGUCAUCGCAGGCGUCGCCGUCGUCGCUCUCGUCGUCCAGAUGUGGCAAACGCUGGACGCGUUCUUCGCGCGCGACACUGUGCUCUCUGGCCAAUACGCCGCCACUUCCGGUUCCGCCCUCUCAGUGACGCUCUGUCUUCCGGUCGUCGUUCCCUUCGUUCGCAAUUGCGUCCAAAACGACACCAACGACUGUCGCCGUGACGUCACCGAUCGGCCGCCGCCAACCAUUCGCGCGCUCUUCAACCAAUCGCUGUCUCCCUUCUCUCACAAAUGCAAACUUCGCGCCAAAAACGCGCUCAAGAGUUGCGGCCGCGCGCGACAGUGGCUGCGCGAGAGUCGCAAGUGCUUCACGUACGCCACGCGCGACGACGACGACGACAGCGACGCCCCGCACGACACUGUCGUUCACCUGCUGUUGCAGUUCUCGUCGGACGCGUCGGGCGUCGACUCUCUGCCGCAACUGCGCGUUCACUCAGAGCUGCGGACGCCGGACGCGGACGACGGCGAGUGGCUGGCCGUGAAGCAGAGCCGCAAGUUUGAGGUCAAGUACUGGUCGACGCGCGUGCGCUUUCUGGACGCGUGCGCGGACUACGCGUUGGACCGCCAGACGGCGCUCUCCUCUCAAGACGAUUGCGUCGAGAAAUGCAUUUUGAAGAAAAUGCAGGAAAACUGCUUCACGGAAGACCCGUCACGUGACUACUGUCUCUCGCGCUUCGCCACCGUUCGCACGGAACACGUGGACCAAUGGGAGACCUUCUGCUCGUCACGUGACCGCAAAGAGUGCGCUUCCAAGGCCUUCAUGGCGACUGUCGUGGACUUCUGUCGUCGCGAGAAGUGUCCGAAAGACUGCUUCCAAACCGACGUCCAAUCGGCGACGCGCGAGGAGAUGACGUCAGACGCCACGGAGACCAACGUGACGCUCGCGCGCAGACUCGCGCCCGAACUGGAGCUGCGGGAAGUGCGGCGCGUGACGUGUCUGGCGCUGGUCUCGCGUUUGGGCGGAUUGUUGGCCUUUUGGUUGACUUUGGUUUGGAUUUUGAGACAAUUUCUGACAUUUUUGACGAUUUUUAUCGAAUUAUUUGACAUUUAUUUACAAAAACUUUAG